CGAAAGACGGAAGAAUCAACGGCACGUAAAGCGGUCCACCCGCCGGAAUAAAGCAUUCUCACCUCGCUACCUCAGUCAUCUCUCUCGCACACAUAAUUACCAUUUCCAGAUUUCCUUACUCAUAGGUUCCAUCCAAAAAGGCGCUCUCUCGCGCACACACAACCUUCCUCUUUCAUCUGCAAUGGAGGUAGGGUUUCCGGCAAUUUGACAAAUGGCGCUGCCACACUUCAAUCUGACGCAAAUUCCUCCCCCCACUUCUUGCUGCUGCUGCCGGUGUAAACAUUUUCAACUUCCGCGUGGCAAUGCACCCCCGAAGCAUUCCCUUCUCGUGGGCUUUGCUCGCUGCCCGGUGAUUUCCUUCCCUGCCGGGCUUGUGGGUUUCCUCUCUGGUUCCAUUUCGACGGGUUUGAGAAAGAGACUUGUUACUGUCUCGCCGUGGAUACUGAACGCUGCCACUCCAACUUGCGUCCUAGAUAACGCCACCGUUCCGGCCGCCGCCACCGUGGAAAUCAACGUCACCUGCUAUCAGCUAGUUGGUCUUCGUGAUCAAGCAGAGAAAGACGAGGUAGUGAAGUCAGUGAUCCAAUUGAAAAGCGCUGAGGUAGAAGAUGGAUAUACAAUGGAUGCCAUCAUGUCUCGCAAGGAUCUUUUGAUGGAUGUGAGGGACAAGGUUCUUUUUGAACCUGAAUAUGCUGGAAACGUGAGAGAUAAGAUUCCCCCCAAGUCUUCUCUAUACAUUCCAUUGACCUGGUUGCCUGGUGCUCUUUGCCUUCUUCAAGAGGUUGGUGAAGAGAAGUUAGUGCUUGAUAUUGGCAGAAAGGCUAUCCAGAAGCCAGAUGCUAAGCCUUAUAUCCAUGACAUACUUCUAUCAAUGGCACUGGCAGAAUGUGAAAUUGCAAAAAUUAGUUUUGAGAACAAUAAGAUAUCCCUUGGAUUUGAAGCUCUAGCCUGUGCUCAGAGUCUUCUUAGGAGUAAGAUCUCCCUUGGGAAGAUGGCUUUGCUGGCCCAGAUAGAAGAAUCUAUGGAGGAGCUGGCACCUGCUUGCACACUUGAGAUAUUAAGCAUGCCUCAUUCUCCUGAAAAUCCUGAAAAGCGACGAGGAGCAAUAGCAGCUUUACGUGAGUUACUCAGACAGGGACUUGAUGCGGAAAUGUCAUGUAGAGUCCAAGACUGGCCUUGCUUUCUGAUUCAAGCACUUAAUCGGCUCAUGGCCACUGAAAUAGUCGAUCUUCUUCCUUGGGAUGAUUUAGCCCUUAUUCGGAGAAACAAGAAAUCACUUGAAUCACAUACUCAGAGGGCUGUUAUUGACUUCAAUUGUUUCUAUGUGGCAUUGAUAGCUCACAUUGCUCUGGGUUUCUCUAGCAAGCAGACAAAAUUGAUCAACAGAGCAAAAGAUAUAUGUGGCACUCUGAUAGCAUCGGAAGGUAUUGAUCUAAAAUUGGAGGAAGCAUUUUGCUUGUUUCUUUUGGGGGAGGACAAUGAGGCCCAGGUUAUUGAGAAGCUUCAACAGGUGGAGUCGAAUGUGAACCCCGCACCACGAAUUUUGAUCUAUGGGAAGGAUAAGAACGUCGCAACUUCUGUCAAGUCGCCUGUGAAAUCCUGCUGAACUUGACCAGGAAACAUGGCUGAAGGACUCUGUGCUUGCUGCGUUUUCAGAUACAAGAGAUUGUUCACCAUCACUGGUGAGUACUACCAUAACCGAUCAACUAAUUGGAAGAAGAAGCAAAUUACCUUCUCUUUCAACCAAAUGGGUUACUGGUCAAAGGCCUUUCUCAGAUUUUGCAUCAGAACGAAUCAAUCAUGGUGGGGGGUCUCUCUCAUUGAAGACCUCUUCUCAACACCUUGGAUCAGCUAUGAAGAAGUUGGCUCUUGUGGAUUUGCAGACCUCAUUGAUGUCUGACAAGAGUGAUGAUCGAGCCAGUGAGGACCAACCACCUGUUCAGCUGAAAAGGAAUUUGGACAUGCGGGAUAAUGGAAAUUGGGAAAGUUGGCCGUCGUAUGGGAAUGUGGUUGGAAAGUUCAUAUUUGUUGUAGUAUUAGGGUGCAUGACUUUUAUCACCUCCAAGUUGUCUUACAGGAGUCUAAGGUCUCCUACGUUUGCUUUCAAUAAGCAUAUUGCUGAUACCACUUUCCAUAGUGGCACCAUGGAUUUUUCUCAUGAUACCAUUGGAGGAAGUGGUAUCGGUGACAGAAUGAAAAAGCUAUCAGCAAUUGUCAAAACAAAAUUCUACACACUGCCACGACAUAGUAUAUCACAAAAUUUGGGGCUGACCACUAGCAGAAAGUCUUCUACAAGAGCAGUGUCAAGGAAGCAGAUGCCAGUUGAAGAAGCUGAAGCUCUGAUUAGGCAAUGGCAAACUAUUAAAGCUGAAGCUUUGGGUCCCGAACAUCAAAUCCAGAGCCUAUCUGAACUACUUGCCGAGUCAAUGCUUGAUCAGUGGCAAGAAUUGGCUGAUGCAGCUCACUCCGAGUCAUGCUAUUGGAGAUUUCUUUUGUUAGACCUGUCCAUUGUAAAAGCUGAUGUUGUUUCUGAUGGAUUUGGGAUGGAGACGGCGGAAAUCGAAGCUCUUCUCGAGGAAGCAGCUGAGCUUGUUGAUGAAUCUCAGCAGAAGAAGAACCCAAACUAUCACAGCAAGUACAAAAUUCGGUAUGCAUUGAAGAGGCAAGACGAUGGAUCAUGGCGGUUCUGCAAAUGCGAGAUUCAAUCCCCAUCAUGAUGUCUCUGGAUCACAAAUCGGGGAAAGCAGCAAUGCAGUAACGAGUAUUUGAUCCCCCUACAGGCACCGAUUAGGGUUCUUCUCCAAUCACGGGAACAAGGAUUAGGUUAGAGCAUCUCUAACUAGCUGUGGUCUAAGUGUUAGCAUUGCAUAGUGAUGUUGAUUUGAUUGAUAUUCGAUUUGAUUGACAUGCAUUGCUGCAGCCUGCAUGCAUGCACUGAUUCUGAAUGUAAACUAAAGGCAAAGGUGGCUGGAGAGGUAGUAGUAGCUUGCUCUUAGAAAUAACAUGUAGGCAGACAGGCUUAGCCUUGGGGAAAUGAAACUUAGUUUUCCAAUUUCCGGUUUUAUCAGUGAGGCAAUUGUGAGAUUAUUGCCAACAAUUAUUUAAACCGUCGCUAACCGGUAUCUUAAUCCAGCUGCAAACGGACAUAUAGUACCAUUUUUUAUUAUCAACAUGUGAGAUUGUCCCCAGGAGCAACACCGAGUUGGCGGCAAUACUCGGUGUAAAAAUCGGCACGGCGUUGCACGGUGGCGGAAUUACUUCCGUCGCACUCCAAAUCGCCAUUGAUGGCCCUGGUGGUGGCCCCAAAUCCCUGGUCCAUAACCGGCUGGACGUUGUUGGUCCAGAACCACAGAGCCGUCUUGAAUGAUAUUUCUGGAUCAUUCGCCACCGUUUCAGGGGAGUUGAGUCCGUCGAAUCCGAUCUGCUCUCCGGCGGGGCCGUAGUUGAAGUUCCAGGACAGCUGGAGCGGACCCCGGCCGUAGUAACCCUUGCUUGGAUUGCAAGGAAACUGGGUAUUCUCCUCCUCGCAGUAGUCCUUGGAUGGCCCAUCAAUCUCCUCUGUGUAACAGAAGUCUGCAAAAGUACAGUGGGUGGCGUGGGCAAAGAAGGCAGCUAUUUCGCGCCUGGAGUCGUCGUCGGAUCCGAGCCGGGCGAAGCCUUGGUAGGACCCGAGUGCGCGCAAGAAGGCGUCGCGAGAGUAGAAGCUCCUCCCUGCGCAGUCGCCGUCGGACUGGUCGAUGAUGCCGUUGAAGAAUUCAGGGGUGACGAUGUCGGCAACCUGAAUGUCGUUUCUGUUGCAGGGGCCGCUUUGGCAGCCUGAGCCGCAGUGGUCGGGGCUGGUUCCACAGUAGCCCCAUUUGCUGCAGCACUCGUCGGAUGCGCAGCCGCAGUCUUGAGCUACCACGGCGGAGGCCAGAGCUCCGACGAGGAAAACAGAGAGGAGGAGUUUGGGAGUGAUGGUAAGAGUGGGUGGAGGCAUUGUCAGCAGAGUGGGUUUUGGGUGAGUUUGGGGAAUUAGGCAGGGGAUUUGUUUUAUAGCAAGAUGGAAGACUGACUGGGUCAUAUUGAGGUUGCUCUCUGCCUCUGAAUAUUUUUUUGGGUAGAAGAUGGUUCUUUGUGGCGCAUUAACAAAAUCAAGUGGGUGUGGAAAAAGCAAAACAGAGACCUUGAACUUGACUCGUUUCAUUUUAUAUGGUGGGAUUCUUUGGAAUUUCCAAGUUCUCUAUUUCAGAGACAGUGACUGUAUCACUUGUUAGAUUUCCUCACCGGAGAGAAUCGGAGGGAGAAAUUAUCUAGUUUGUCUUUUUCUUCUUCCAAUUUUGGAGCUCUACUUUUUUUUGUUCUUUGUUCGUAGCCCCCUGUUGCAGGGUUAAAAAGAAACUGUCCUGGU